CUCACAUACAAAUCGUCGUCUUCUGUCUUUGUCAAUAUAUUUGAGAAAAAGAACCAAUAAGGCGCCCGGACUCAACCAACAAGUAUUUUCUAUCCUUGUCUAGCGAGCCUUCACAGCGAACUUGCGCGGUACAAAGCGACGAAGAUAGUUUACGCGAUCUAACAUGCUGUACGUAAUGCAAUAUUUAGUUCAUAUAGGUCAGAAAGUUACAAUACUUUGAGAAAGUAGGCUACGCGAAAUUUGGGUUAUUGAUAUAAUAAUGCAAGCGGUAAAUUUACUCGUGAUAAAGUAAAAAUCGGUAGUUGAUAAAUGAAAACGUAGCGGUGUGGUCAUGUACUGGAGAGACGUGUUUUAAAAUAAUACAAGUAAGUUCGCAGAAUAAAGUACAAGAAAAUUACAAAUCAUUAAGUUUAAAAAGAAAUGGAGGUAUCGAAAACAUUGCAAGAAAAUAUAAGGAACGUCCAAAAUCAAUUGAAACUUGCAAUUCAGAAUCACCAGGUGAUCUUGUUGAAGCAUCAGUCAAAUCCUUCGAGUGGCAACGUGAAAGUCCAGCUAUGGGAGAUCCAGAAACACAUUAUUUCGUUAGGAGAGGCCCAGAAGCGCUUGGUGCAGCAGCUGCGCAAAGAGCUGGAGGCCAACUCGACCAACUGCACGCUGACCCCGGCACCCGUGCACUCCCCCCAGGGACCGAGCCCUUCGCCCCCACAGGGACCAAGCCCUCCGCCCCCCCAGGAACCUCCUGCGAACCACAGGCAGCCGGCUCCCGACAGUGUGCCGAGACGCUCCCCUAGCCGCUGCGCGUUACCGAAGGAGCGGGAGUGCCCGGCGCCGGCUGGUGUCGGCUGCCCGGCCGCCAGCGCAGCCGUGGCCCCGGCGCCCACGGCCAGUCCCCGGCGCGACGACCUCGUCGGCGUCGGCAGCACUUCCUGCAAGCUGGAUUUCAUGGCUUCUCUGGGGCUUGUGACGCAGGAAGUUCUGGCAGAGAUGCGGAACAGAAGGGUCGAGAGAAAGAGACGUAGCACGGCUAAUCAUGUCCAGUUUGUUUACGGCAACUCUUGGGACAUAUGUAAACGCAAGAAGGGGAACUACCUGCUGACAAGCAGUGGCUCCAAGGUGUCUGUAGAGCUCCCUCGUGGGGCCAGUCCGCCGGAGGAGAAGGUCCCCACCCUGGCACCGGUACUCCGCAACGCGAGCCUACCAGAGUCACUCACGAUACAGCGCAUCACUAGCAGCGAGCCUCUCUGUGUCGUCUGCAGGAAGACAGAGAACGUGCAGGUGUGCGCGAAAUGCAGCAGCAGCUACCACAACACCUGCGUCAGUGACAGCAACUGUCCUCGGUGCUGCAAGUACGUCUCCGGCUCGCCCAAUGGCACAGCUUCUCCCACCAUAUCAGAAAAGAUGAAGCAGAAGCUAGAGCUGCUGAUGAAGAGCAAUGCUCUGUGCGUGGAGAAGAGCAGCCUGGAGCAGCGCAAGGCACAGCUGGCCGCUGCCAUUCAGGACCAGGAUGCCAUGCGCGGUGAGUUGCUCAAGCAACAAGAGGAGACCACCGUGUCCAUCCAGCGAGUACACAGCUUCGUGCAGUCCUUCCAAAGAACUCCGUGCUGAGUGGUCCGCAUCUCCUCUAGUGUCCUUCCAUUACUGUUACACAUAUACAUAAUAAAUUUUAUAUUUGUAAGUUUGUAUUUAGAUUAUAUACUACCUCGUGUUUAUGAAAAA